AUGAGAUGACAGCGUCAUAUUCCGAGAUAUCAUUUGAUUCACAAUCCUCGCCUCCUAUUUCGGAAUUGAGAUCGCUUAUUGAUUCUCCAGAUAUCGAGAGCGGGAAGUUUUUGGAAGACAGUCUGGAGAAAAUAAGCGGAACUGGCCACAGACCGGAUCAAUUAGAUUUGAAAAAUAGAGGCGGCAGUCCAACGGAAGAUGACGAUCUGGAUCCACCGAGUUAUCACAAAGCCAUGGGUUAUUUGCAAUUGGAGGGAAGAGUGAUGCAGGACGGCGAUAUGGUAUUGUUUGUUACAGAGGAUCUAGAGAACAAGAUCAAAUUGUCCAGUCCUGUGACCAAGAAGGGAGAAACUCCAUCGUUUCCGGGAUCACGAAGCUCGACUCCAUGCCUAUAUAGACAAGCUUUGACUCCGCAAUUGCCACCUCUCGAUCACAAUGUAUUAAACGAAUUAGAAAUGGAAGCUAGGAAAGUUGCAACCUCUGUAGACGCGUUGACUGAAAAUCUGGCCGCAAUUUUACAAAAUGCAUCCGCUCUUACAGUUGGCUGUUUGGAAACCUACCGAGAUGCUGUGUGUAAAACGUGCGAUGCUGUAGAUCACAAUAUAAAGUCAAUGUAUCAAUUAAUGGCUAAGUGCGAGGAACUAUCUAAAUCGAUGGGACCAAUUUACAAGUUAGCAGAGCAGAUCAAAGAGAUGAAGAGAAUGCUGGAGCUAUUCGAGAGCGCAAUGAAUUUGUAAAGCAGCAUAAAAGAGAAAAUCGCCACAUUUUCUCGAAACUUGUAAUUAUGAAGUAUGCAUGCGAAAUGGAGAUUACAUUCUAAGUUAUGAUUAUUGUGAUUAACAUCUUGUAAUUUAAAUAUUUAAUUUAGAAUCACAUCUUAUGUAUUUUUAAAAUUAUAUAUGUAUUUAAAAUAUAGAUAAGUACUCUUAAUUGAUUUGAAAAAAUCUAUUGUAUUAUAAUGGUUGAAGAAUAGUUUCACAAUGUUAUUAGUAUUACAUGACAUUUUAUGUAUUCUGUACAUGUUGUAUACUAUCAUAUUAAUUUCUUAUGCCACAUAUUUUGUACAUACAGUGAAAGCAAUAUCAUUAAAUAUAAAAAGCAAUUUCUUUUAA